GUAUUUCCCAUGCCUGCUGCCGGUUGUUUCAGAGCCCUGUGAGAAUGCUGUGCUACACAGGUUUAACUGGAGUGAGCUGAUCCCUCUGCGGUUAUGGGGUCGGACCCUAGGCUUGCAGACAGCAAACUCGCAGUUCCUCCUGGAAGGGAUGCCUUUCCGCAUCUUUGGAGGGUCAAUGCACUACUUCCGAGUCCCCAGGGAAUACUGGGAAGACCGAAUGCUUAAGAUGAAAGCAUGUGGCUUAAACACCCUCACCACGUACGUGCCAUGGAACCUCCAUGAACAAGAAAGAGGGAAGUUUGACUUCAGUCGAAACCUGGAUCUCGAGGCCUUCCUUUCACUGGCAGCUAAAAAUGGACUGUGGGUGAUUCUGCGUCCUGGACCUUACAUCUGCUCUGAAUGGGACCUUGGUGGUCUGCCCAGUUGGCUCCUGCGAGACCCAGAGAUGCAACUGAGGACAACGUACAAGGGCUUCACAGAGGCUGUGGAUGCCUAUUUCGAUCAUCUGAUGCCCAUUGUUGUCCCUCUUCAGUACAAGAAAGGAGGUCCCAUCAUUGCAGUGCAAGUGGAGAAUGAAUACGGUUCCUACGCCAAAGACCCAAACUACAUGACCUAUGUUAAAAUGGCCUUGCUAAACAGAGGGAUUGUGGAACUGUUAAUGACCUCGGACAACAAGAAUGGGCUGUCCUUUGGCUUAGUGGAGGGAGCACUGGCCACUGUUAACUUUCAGAAGCUGGAACCUGGGCUACUGAAAUAUCUGGACACGGUACAGAGAGAUCAGCCAAAGAUGGUGAUGGAGUACUGGACCGGAUGGUUUGAUAACUGGGGAGGCCCCCACUAUGUCUUUGACGCAGACGAAAUGGUGAACACCGUAGCAAGCAUCCUCAAAUCAGGAGCAUCCAUCAAUCUCUACAUGUUCCACGGAGGCACCAACUUUGGCUUCAUGAACGGCGCUCUGGCGGCUGAUGAAUACAAGGCAGAUGUCACCAGCUACGAUUAUGAUGCUGUGCUGACAGAAGCUGGAGAUUAUACAUCCAAAUUUUUCAAGCUCCGACAACUCUUCAGCAUGAUUAUUGGCCAGCCUCUUCCUCUCCCUCCCAUGAUUGAAAGCAAGGCAUCCUAUGGUGCAAUCCUGUUGCAUCAAUAUAUCUCUCUCUGGGACGUGUUACCAUCUCUUUUACAGCCCAUUAAGUCAGAGCUUCCCGUUAACAUGGAGAAUCUGCAUGUAAAUGAUAGCAGUGGGCAGUCAUACGGAUACGUGCUCUACGAGACUGUCAUAUUUGGUGGUGGUCAGCUGCAUUCAAGGGACCACAUCCGUGACCGAGCACAGGUGUUUGUUAACACCAUGUAUGUUGGUGAGCUGGACUACAACACGGUGGAGCUCUCCCUUCCUGAAGGACAGGGAUUCAGGCAGCUAAGACUCUUGGUAGAGAACCGCGGUCGCGUCAAUUAUGGCCUGGCACUGAACGAACAGAGGAAAGGCUUAAUUGGUGACAUCUUCUUGAAUAAAACCCCCUUGAGGAACUUCAAGAUUUACAGUUUGGAGAUGAAACCUGGCUUCAUGAAAAGCUUGCGACACCUCGCGGGAUGGAGCGCAGUCCCGGAUUACUUCGUCGGUCCGGCCUUUUUUCGCGGAAGGCUGUGGAUAGAGCAUCAGCCACAGGACACUUUCUUGAAGCUGCAGGGCUGGGAAAAAGGAGUUGUGUUUGUCAACGGUCAGAACCUGGGCCGCUACUGGAAAAUUGGACCUCAGGAAACGCUCUACCUUCCUGGCCCCUGGUUAUGGAAAGGGAGCAACGAGAUCGUCAUUUUUGAAGAGCGCACUGCAGGACGGAUAAUUCAAUCUGUCGACAUUCCUUAUUUAGGAAGGACCCAGUACGUGGACUGAGGAGAGCUCCUUUCCCACGUCUGGUUCAUCUUGACUAUUCCUGGUUGCAUGUCUGGGGACGCGAUGGCCCAGGCACUCGGGCAUGUUUAUUCCCACUAGACCCAGGUAAAGGAUUUGCUCUUUGGCAGUAAGUUUGGCAGAAGAGAGAAGGGCUCCAAAGGAAAGCAGAGCCCGUUGUUUCGUAGAUGGAUGCGGAAGCAAAUCUGCCUGCACCACUGAGGACCCACAGCUUGGAUGGCUGCUCGUGAUCUUAUGACUGUGAGGGAGUAA